GAAGAAAAACGAAAAGUCAUGGCAGCUGACAGUUUGUAAUGAGCCAACAUAAAAUCACUGAAGACUCUUGGAAGUUGAAUUUACGAGGUUGAAACCAGGCCAGGGAGUAAAACGCAGCCGACAAGAUGCUGAUAACUUUGAAGACUUUACAGCAACAGACGUUUAAAGUUGACAUCGACGAAGAGGAGACGGUGAAAACAUUAAAAGAGAGGAUUGAACAGGAGAAAGGAGAAGAGCACUUUCCAUUUGCUGGUCAGAAACUGAUAUAUGCUGGUAAAAUCCUUAACGAUGACACGCCUCUCAAAGAAUACAAAAUGGAUGAGAAGAACUUUGUGGUCGUCAUGGUGACAAAGCCUAAAACGGCCCCAGUCACCUCUCAGACGUCAGCAGCUCCUGUAGCACCUGCAGCUCCUGCAGCGCCUCCUGCUUCCUCAUCCAGCUCCAGCAAACCUGCGGAGCAGCCUUCUCCUGACGACAAACCAGAGGAGAAACAGCCUUCGGCAGCUGAACCGUCGUCUGAACCAUCAUCCACCACUGUUGGAAGCUCUGAAGCUUCCACAAGCUCAGACUUGAUCAGUGAAGCUGUUUCGACUCUUGUGACAGGCUCGUCCUAUGAUGCUAUGGUGAACGAGAUGAUGCUGAUGGGCUAUGAGCGGGAGCAGGUGGUGUCGGCUCUGAGAGCGAGCUACAACAACCCAGACAGAGCGAUGGAGUACCUGCUCUCUGGCAUCCCAGGCAGAGACCAGGGUCCUGCCACGGGGCCCGAUGCAGCUGCGCCUCCAGCUGCACCUGCUAGCAGUGUCAGUGCUCCUGCCAACACCGGCUCCUCACCAAGUGCUGCAGGAGGAGAAAACCCCCUGAGCUUCCUCAGGAGUCAGCCUCAGUUCCAGGUCAUGCGACAGCUGAUCCAGCAGAAUGCAUCCUUGCUUCCGACCUUGCUGCAGGAGAUUGGCAGGGAGAACCCAGAGCUGCUGCAGGAGAUCAGCAAUCAUCAAGAGCAGUUCAUCCAGAUGCUGAAUGAGCCCAACACAGAUCCAGUGCCAGGAGGCGAGGAAAGGGAGGCAAGAGGAGCAGGGAGAGUAGGAGGGGAAGCCACUAGCGGAAGUCACGUGAGCUACAUUCAGGUCACGCCACAGGAGAAAGAAGCAAUAGAGAGGCUAAAGGCCCUCGGGUUUCCAGAAGGACUUGUGAUCCAAGCCUACUUUGUGUGUGAGAAGAACGAGAACCUGGCUGCCAACUUCCUUUUACAACAGAACUUUGACGACGAAUAAAGGAGCAGUUUUGAUUGUUUUCCCACUUCUCCUUUUACUUUUUGGUUUCUGAUGUUCGUUAUAUAUGUAAAACAAUCCUUUAAAUUCCAACGCACAUUUUAUUCACCACUUCCUGAUUCAGCCCUCAAUAAUAACACUGGAUGGUUAUCAGAUGGUGGCGGCCAUGCACAAGUUGUUGGUUGAAACAAGUUCAAAUGGAGAAUCAAUAAAAGUUCAGUUAUUUUGCAUCAAAA